GUCGACAUUAAAAUUACCUAUUUAACCACUCUUUCAAAACGACCCAGUUUUAUCAUUUUGAAUUGAACCCCAAGACUCCUCCUCUCGCCGGAGAAUCAAAUUCCUGCCGCGAAUUUCCUUCAUUUAUCGCUGGGCAAAAUGAGGCGGCCGGCCUACUCCACUUCUCCGAUCAAUUUCAGUGCUAUGACGCGGAAGGUCGACGUCGACAACCGGAUCUCUAUCCGCAAUUACUAUCGUAUCGCUGAUAAUCUCCUCAAACAGGCAAAUAUCUAUAGGGAGGAGAAAAACUUGAUCGACUUGUAUGUUAUACUGCUAAGAUAUUCAAGUUUGGUGUCAGAAACUAUACCAGACCAUAAAGAUUACCAAGUUUUAUGUCCCAAAGAAAGAUCUUUCUCUAAGAAGAAAUUGCUCUCCGUGCUAGAUGAGCUGGAGGCCUUAAAGCCGAAAGUGCAUCGUCAGUUAGAUGAACUCAAAAAAGUUAGCACCGAUAGUCAGAUGCAUCAGUUUGAUGGUCCAACUAGUAUUUCCUACACGUCAUCAGUAAAUAACAAAGCCUCCUUAAACUACAGUACCAAGCAGCUGUCCCAACCGAUUACAGCGUCUUCGUCUUCACUGAAGCAGAAUAACGAUUAUACUCGAUUUUCUUCACCAAAACCUGUUGAGUCUCAAUUCCAGAAGAUGUCUCUUGGUUUACCUCUUCCAAAUCAGGAAACAUUAUCCAGGCAUUCAUUAUUAGGACCAACUGGUCUUCGUGGUCAAUGGCUUGGGCCAAGGGCUGAGGUUAAGGUUAAUUAUCCCACUAAUAUUGUUGUGGAUACUAAUGAAUUCUCAAGCCUGAAUCAGGUUGGGCAACAAGAACUUGUGGCAGCAAAUGUUAGUGAUUCAAAUGUGGAAAAGUCAACAAUCGAGUCUGUGCUAUCUUUGGAUGAUGGUAGAUGGCUUUCUGAGGAAUCUGGUAUUCUCCAAGGGAAUGCGGAGAGAAAUGAUUUUCAGUUAAGCAAUAUCAGACAACCUUCUCCACCUCCUGUCCUGGCACAAGUGAUGCCCGAACAUCGACACAUAUCACCAUCAAGGGUUGCGGACCCAAGGCCAGGACCACCGAAUUUCUCUCAGGAUGGGUUGACUAAUUCCAAUUCGUACCAAGAUCUUCACAUUCCAGUGAAGAUACUGGACGAUUUCUUGAGAUUGGCACGAGAAAAUACUACAAGGAAUUUGGAGACGUGUGGUGUUCUUGCUGGUUCACUUAAGAAUAGAGUAUUUCAUAUUACGACGCUCAUUAUCCCAAAGCAGGAGUCGACUUCAGACUCGUGUCAAACUUUGAAUGAAGAAGAGAUUUUUGAUGUUCAAGACAAACGCUCCCUUUUUCCUCUUGGAUGGAUUCACACACAUCCAACACAAACAUGCUUUAUGUCUUCUGUUGAUCUUCACACUCAUUAUUCAUAUCAGGUCAUGUUGCCGGAAGCAAUUGCAAUUGUUAUGGCUCCUACAGACACACAAAGCCCUCAUGGCAUAUUCCAUCUCUCCGACCCUGGUGGUGUCUCUGUCAUUCGAAACUGCCAACAGCGUGGGUUCCAUCCUCAUGAAGAGGCCGAGGAUGGAAACCCCAUCUAUGAGCAUUGCUCCCACGUUUAUAUGAAUGCCAAGUUGAAGUUUGAUGUGGUCGAUCUUCGUUGAGCGUGUGGGGUGGUUACAUCGGGAUAUUCAGAGAAGCUGCACAUUAUGAGAGGCUGUACAGGUUCAUUUACAAAUUUGCUUCCCGCAUGAUGACUUGUGUAGAUUCAUUUCUGAAUUUUGUAAACUAGAUCAGCUAUUGCUUGGAUAUCGACUAUCUGGAUUAUAGUGGGUAGCUGAUGCUGCUAUAUAAUUUUCGAUCGAAAUCGAGCUCCUAUUUUCAUGAGCAAUUAGACACGUUUUGUUAAUGACAUGGCCCUGCUGUAAUUAUCACUAUUGUUUCUAAUUGUAUUUCUUGUAUGAUUUUGCUGAUAUUUUUCCUUGCAAUGGAGAGUUGGUGGUAUUUGAAA